ACGUGAAUGGGGAGGCGCCCGACGCGAGGCACGAGCGCCAUCCCAACCGAGCAAUUAACCUUGAUGAACACAGAUUGGUUUCACUUAUCCGGCGCAGGUGCGUGAUGGGGGGCGUUUGCGGAGCGACGCAGCUGGGCGACUCCACGUUUCUGAGAGGACUCUGACGCAUUUUAUGCAAAACACAGAAACUACUGCCUACUACAGAGAGAGAGGGAGUGGAACAGAGAGAGAGAAAGAGAGGGAGAGAGGGAGAGGGGAAUAUUGCAGCUGAUAUUUAUUCACGGGACAGGAUGGUUUGAGAAAUGGGAGCGUGUCCGGCACUCUCCUCGAUCUGAAUUCAGGAGCGUCGCGGAAUCGAUUCAGAGACCUAUAUCGGAAUUUGACCGCCGUGUCAUUGCCUGGUUCACCGGUCCCGGCAGCUGCAAGGCAUCUUCUUAAGCACCGAGGAGGAGGAGAAGAAGAAGAAGGAAGGAAAGGAAAGGAGGAGGUGGUAAAAGUGUCCCCUUUUGCGCACUGGACGGCUUGAAAUGAGGACCACAUCCCGGCUGUGUUCCGCGUGAAGAGACACAAACGGGGCGGCAGUUUUCUCUUCUCGGCUCUCAAGGACGCAAAAAAAAAAAAAAAAAAAAAAGUGGCCCGCCGGCCGAGCUGUGGAGCAUGGAGCGGGACGACAUCGUGAGCCCGUCCAAAAAGACAGUCAUGUCUAAGAUAUUUAAAGUUCGCAAGAGGAGGGAGAUGCUGCUCGUGCAGGUGUGCUUCAUCUGCAGUGUCCUCUUCGUGGCGUGGGGCAUGUCGGCGGUGCUGACCAAAACAGGACAUGGGAUGAUGGUGGAGGGACACCCGGACCCGGAACGCUGGGGGAGGCGGCUCAUGGCGUCCGCGUCGGAAAACCAAACUGAGAAGAACUGCUCAGAACCAGCAAUACACGAGUUCCCCAAUGACCUUUUCACCAACGAUGAGCGCAAGAGUGGAGCCAUUAUGCUGCACAUUGUAGCGACUCUCUACAUGUUUCUGGCCCUCGCCAUAACAUGUGACGAAUACUUUGUGACAUCGCUGGAGAAAAUCUGUGAGAAAUUGGAUUUGAGUGAAGAUGUUGCGGGAGCAACCUUUAUGGCAGCUGGCAGUUCUGCACCAGAGCUUUUUGCAUCUGUCAUCGGUGUCUUCAUCACACAUGGAGAUGUGGGGGUGGGGACCAUCGUGGGCUCGGCGGUCUUCAACAUCCUGUGCAUCAUCGGGGUCUGUGGGAUCUUUGCCGGACAGGUGGUGAUCUUGACCUGGUGGGCCGUGUUCAGGGACUCCUUCUACUACAUCCUCUCUGUCGUGGCUUUGAUCGCAUUCAUCUACGACGAGAAGAUUGUUUGGUGGGAGAGUCUGGUGCUGGUGGUCAUGUAUGCAGGAUACAUCCUGGUCAUGAAGUUCAACUCCAGCAUGCAGAAAUUUUUCAUGGGGAAAUCGAACAAAAACGUGGCCAAUGGUAACGCUGCUGCCAGCAGUGAGAUGGAGGACGUCAAGCCCACUAAGGCUUACAGCCGCGGCUCGGUGGUGAUGGUCGACGAGAUCAUGAACGCCAGCCCUUCAAAGUUCAGGUUUCCCGAGGCCGGACUCCGUGUGAUGGUCACCAGUCAUUUUGGACCCAAGACACGCCUUCGUAUGGCCAGUCGGCUCAUCAUCACAGAGCGCCAGAAGUUGGUGCAAGCUGCCAAUGGAGUGGAGACACAAGUGAUUGAUGGGAAAGUUGAAAUCGAGAAUGGAAACGUGCCAGAGGACAAGCCCACCGAGGCCGAGGAGAACGACACCAUCUCUCCGUUUCAUCUUCCGAAAGGCAUUGGCAGCAAGGUGAAGUGGCUUCUCUCGUGGCCUCUGCUCCUCUUGCUGUACCUCACCGUGCCCAACUGUGCCAAGCCUCGCUGGGAGAAAUACUUCAUGCUGUCCUUCGUGCUGUCGACUGUGUGGAUUGCCGUCUUCUCCUACUUGAUGGUGUGGAUGGUGACUAUAAUUGGCUACACUCUGGGAAUCCCUGAUGUUAUCAUGGGCAUUACUUUCCUGGCAGCAGGCACCAGCGUCCCAGACUGCAUAGCCAGUCUCAUCGUGGCCCGGCAAGGUUUGGGAGACAUGGCCGUGUCGAAUACUAUUGGCAGUAACGUGUUUGAUAUCCUUGUGGGUCUCGGGGUUCCCUGGGCGAUACAGACCAUGUGUGUCAGCUAUGGGUCUGAGGUGAUGAUCAACAGUCGGGGGCUGGUGUACUCGGUGGUGCUUCUGCUGGGCUCUGUGGCCCUCACGGUGCUGGGAAUCCACGUGAACAAAUGGCAGCUGGACGUCAGGCUGGGCAUAUACGUUUUGGUCCUGUACGCCGUUUUCCUCUGCUUCUCCAUCAUGAUCGAAUAUAACGUCUUCACCUUCGUCAACCUCCCCAUGUGCAUAGAGGAUUAGAGCACAGCAUAGAGCCUCCAAAUACCAAAACCUCAAUGGCACCAUAGAAACCCCCAACUUUUUUUUUUUUUUUUCAAUAAUAAUGGACCUAUGUGCAGACUGUUUUUCUCCUCCCUUGCAGAGAUUUUUUUUUUUAAAUCCUUUAUUGUCAAACAUAAAUCUAAGUUCCUCAUGAAGACGUACGCUGUUAGAGUGGAAUACAUUCUUUUUCCCCGGUUUGUCCUCUUUAUCACACAGUGCCGGCCCUGAAUGCCCUUUUUUUGUGGGCGUUGCCUGUUACUGCAGUAAAGUCUUUAGUUCCUCUGUGCGCCUGUUGACUUUCUACCCAUAUAGCAUGCCUUUUAGAUGUCGGGGACCUACAGAAUCAUAAGUGCCCCUGUUGAUUGUUGAUUUUCCCGUGUUGACAUUGUAGAUUUACACAGAUCAUUCCCAAAGCCUUUCCACAAACCAAAUCAGAAGAAACUGAUCCCAUCAUGUACUAAUCAAAACUCUGACAUGGGGAUAGCUCUCCUAACAGAUCCACCAAGUUAACCCCCCCCCUCCCCAGCACCCAAAGAAAAGCGUACAUACAUUUUACCCUCUUGACCCCCUGGAGGAGGGUCUUGUCCUUGGCAGCUAACCUCCUCCAGCUUGGCCUGACAAACCCCCCCCAGACACCCCCCGCUCCCCCGGCAUGGCCUUUAGCAUCAGAGAGCAGAUACUGUUAGUGCUCCUCUUCACUGACCCCGUGCAACUACCAACCCUCAUCUGCUUGAUCAAGUCUAUUUUGCUUUCUUCGGGGGGGGGGGGGAAACAAGACCGUUUUGUCAGGACGCCUUGCGUCGAGAUGCAUCACAGUCCUGUUCGGUUGACUGUGAGCGUGUUAUGCAUAUGCAGCACUGCACAAUGUAAAUUUGUAAACACUUUUUUUGUAUUUAUUUUUUCAAAACAAGGUUUUGUCUAGUACGAAAUACGGUGGCGAGCUUGUUGCAAAUAUUGGACAUUGCCUGUUUUUUCACUGAAACAAAUUGCACAUGGAAACGCUUUUCUUGCUUUGUGCUGUAAGGAGAUUUGACCACUCAGAGGGGAAUCUGGCUGGCGGUGUUGACUUCGCACCCCGGCGUUAUUUUUUUUGUUCAGCAAUGAGUCGAUCCACUUUUCCCUCGGCACAAGUCCAGGUUUAAAGAAAAAAAAAAAACAAAAGGAAAAUAAAAACUGGCUCCAGAUCUGUGGGACACAUCUAAUCUUUCCUAUCAUCAGGUGACUUGUUCUCAUUUUGAGAAGCAGCAUGAGGGAAGUUGUUCAAAAAUAAUGCAAAGAAGCCUGGCGGUUCUCAACACUGUCUGCUAUAACACCCUGUGGCCAGCAGGGGCUACUGCAGCCCUUCUACCCAGUUCAGGGGUGUGACCACAUCCACCGGUUAUCAGGGAAACUUGGAGAUGGACAACAGAGAAUGGUGGUGGUGGUGUCGUGAUUUUUGAGUUACAUGUAGAUAUUGCACUUUAACAGCCGUCCUCUCAUUCUGAAUCAACUAGUGCUUCCUUCUGUGCGUGUGUAUUUUCAGUGUAUAUGUGUCUGUUUGACUGUGCGUGCAAGAGAACAUUGUGUGUGCGCGCUCCAAAAGAGGGGCCCCACACCACAUUUGUCACACCGGGCCCUGGACUUCUCGAACAGACUGGAAACUCGUUAAACAUGAGCACACCCGCCUCUGUCUGCAGUGCAUGCUGGGACAUUAAAACGCAGCUCCUCCACAGCACAGCAAAAGGCUGAGGGCCUGUCGGGCGGUCUCCACGGACACCGCCCUGCCCAUUUUACAAAAACCGGCAGCUAUGAGCUACACUGCAAUCCAGACGUUUUGACAUCAUGCAAAAAUGCCUGUGAGGAGUGCGGAGACUGAAGCGGCGUGUCUGGGUGUUGAAAAUAUUCCUCUGCCGCUCUCGGGCAGCAGGCUCUUGUAUAUGCAAUCUCAAUGUGAAGAGUUUAUGUGACAGAAGGCCCCCUUUCAAGGUUGCCAUAUAAAGACGAGGGGGGAUCCCAUGGAGAUGUGACGUCAGUUUGUCUAGUAGUACUUGAUGUGUGAGCUCACAGGUGUGCGUUUGGUGCAAAAGGAUUGAUUUUUGUCCAGAGCAGCGGCAUUGUGGGAAGUUCGGUUUUUCCUUUUUUUUUUUUUGUCUUUCCAUUGUUGCACAAGGGCAUUAACUCUCUGCCAACUGGAGCUGACCGAGGGAACACGGCGCGGACGGACGAUGGCUUUUCUCACCUGCUGUCUGGACUUUGACGUUUUUCAAAAGUCCUGAUUGAGAGCAGACUAAAGAUUUUUUUUUUCCCUCCCAUUUUUUUCAAAAAAAAAAAAGAGGUGGACCCCUUUAAGCUGUUCCUCUGUCAGGGUUCAAAUGGUUGUUUAUUGAUUGGAGGUGACCACACAGGGCCUACAGACCUUUCCUCACAACCGCUGACAUCUUGUACAACAUCGCUUCUCUCUCUCUCUUUCUCUCUCUCUAUGCUUUUCAGCGGGGACUUCUGUACAUAAACGGCCUCCUUUUUAUGCUUUCUGUAUAGAAGGCAUGUCUGUACUGUACUCGGGUUGAUUCAGAAUGUGCAGUGUUGAAAUUUUUUUUCGUGUAUAUUUUAUUUCUUAUUGCUCUGUGUGGUCAUGUCCUGGGUUUGCCAGGUUUUUUGUGGUUUUCCCGCCACAGCAGGGUUCAGACACGGCUCCUCUCUUCGUCCCAGUCUUGGCACGCAGCGUACGUUCUCACCGGCUGUUCGAGUCUUUGUUACCAAUUCACCUCUUUUGUGAAAGAGGAGGGGGAGGGAAAAAAAGUAGAAUUCAGAUGCCAUACUUGUUGUAGCUCUGUGUAAAUCCAGAUUGUAUGGAAAUCCUGUGUAAAAUGAAAAAAAAUAAAAUAAACGCACACACUUUAGGACACACACACACACAAGAAAUGGCAAGUUAACACGAGAGGACUGGUAUGUAUUUCUUGAUUGAAUGCGACCUGAUGCACUGUGAGCUCAAUGUGAUGUGGGAGUUGUUUGUCAAGAAUAAUAAAUGAAUAAAAAAUAUAUUUAAUGUAAAGUUAGUUACUAU